CAACCUCAAGCAAAGACAGUAAGAGGAUAAAGUUCACGUAGGACGAGCACAAAUAGACCUGAGCAGGUCAAGAUAACACAAACACUUCUGUUCACACAAAACACUUUGUUUUGUAUCAGAAGGAGGAAGAGCUUCAGUCUUCUGCUGACUGAUUUGAAUCACAUCACAAAUCGCCACUAAGAAUGAAGUUCCUUCUCAGUUUGACGACUCUCGUCGCUGCAUCAUGUGUCCUUAGUUUUGCAGACGCUGACCAAAUGAAUGUCUUCUCAGAGGACAUCUUAAAACAGCUGUCAGAGGAUGGUGAGAAGCUUGUGAAUGAGGAGAUGAAAAGAGCGCUGUAUGGCGUGAAGCAGAUGAGGGAGGUGAUGUGGAGGAAUGAGCAGAAGCAUGAGCACCUCAUGAACUCUUUGAAGCACAGCAGUGACAAGAAGAAGGGGGCAGCCCAGCUAGCAAAGGAUGUGAGUGAGAAGCUGGAGGAGGCAGAGGAGCAGUGCAAAGACUCCCUGCAGUCAGAGUGGGAGGAAUGUAGACCCUGUCUGGAGGAUGCAUGUAAAACCUUCUACACCUCCACAUGCCGCAGGGGCUUUGCUUCUUUCCGCAGUAAGGUUGAAUCCUUUUUCCAAAGAGUCUCCAGACGCUUUGGUCCAAGAGAGCGCCCUCUGGAGGCAGGAGACAUCUUGGUGAACCAAAGUCCUGACGAAUCAGAACCAGAUGUAGUUCAGAUUGAGAAUUCUUUCAAGCGAGUUAUGAGCAAGGUGGGGACCCUGGUGAACUGCAGCAUCGCUUUGGUCUCCAGGAUGAGCAGCAGGCUUGACGGAGUCCUUCAGAAGGCUUUCCUGAACAACACCAAUGAACUGUCAGAGGAAAGCGCUUCCGAUCCAUACUACCCUGGGCGCGACUCCGGCUUCCUGCAGGGCGUUGGGCUGGAGGAGGUGCUGGAGUCAUUCUUUGACUUUGGAAAGAGCGUGGUGGAGGAGUUUGGAGCUGUGGUUACCCAGGUGUUUGAUGAUAUCCAUCAGACUGUGGAGGAGGAGACUAAGAAAGAGAUAAAAAGCUUCCCUCGCUUCCUGCAGAACAGGAAGCUGUGCAAAGACCUCCGCAGGCAGACAUCAGAGUGCUGGCAGCUUCAGAACAAGUGUGAGGCCUGCCAGGGAGCUUUGCUCACAGAGUGCACCGGUGUUCGUGAACUGCAUGUGGAGCUGGAUGAAAUAUCCCAGCUGCUGGAUGUCUCCAAACAGCAAUAUGAUGAGAUCUUGUCCAUUGUCCAGCAUCACACUGACGAGACGGUCAAGUGGCUGACCAACAUGGCAGCCGAGUUCAGCUGGGUGGCUCAGGCUGUGAGCAACAGCAGCACUCCUCAAAAUGUUUUCCGCAUCACAAUGGUGGCACCAGAGAGCCACGAGGAGCAGAAUAUGUCUGCCACUGAGACUAAGGUGGAAGUAAACGUCCUGAACUCUCCCCCACUCACACUCAACAUCCCUGGAGAGCUCGAGCUGCACGAUCCAGCUUUCAUCCAGUACGUGGCCCAGGAGGCUCUGGACAAGUACAAGGAGAUGGUCAGGAUUGAAGAUGCGUAACACUGCUCCGUCUUCUUUAUUUUCCGCACUUCAUAGUAGUAAACAUCUUCGUGUUGAUAUCCGAAGACACUACAGCUGUAGCCAAUAUCUAUCUGACUCUUUCAAGUUUUCUUCUUGUUAAAUAGUGUAAUUUCACAAAAUAUGUUCUAUUCACAGACCAAGUGAAAUGAGACACUUUCUGAAUUUUUUAGUGGAUGUUAAACACAUGAAAGCUACAUGUAACAUUUAGUUUAUCAUUUUAUUUUAUUCUGUACAAAAUCAUAUUAGUUAACAUUCUCAUAACUUUCAUCAUGUGUACCCACACUAGAUCAGGUCUCACUCUUAACAAUCUCUUACAUGAAUGAUGCACAGAAAGAAAAAAAAAAUCACAUCUUCAAUAUUGUCUAAUUUCUCAUACUUU